AUGGCCAGUACAUCCGACGAACAGAUCAGUUCAGAUGUUGCUUAUCUACUUCAAGAAUAUAAUGAUAAGAAAGAAAAUGUUACAUCGAUGACGAUUGCCUAUGGCGACAAAAGAGUAAUUCGUGAAAUUCCACUCGAUCAACAUAAAACACAUGCACAUCCCACGGUUGAAAUCAAUGCUGAAUCAACAGAUGAAUAUUAUACAUUAAUUUUGAUCGAUGCUGAUGCACGACAUCAGAGUAAUUCGAUCAAUGGCCCGUAUCUUCACUGGAUUCUAGCUAAUUUUCAAGAUGCAACCAUCGUCGAUGCACACACGCUUUGCACUUAUCAAGCACUAAAAGUCGGUUCGAAUGACCAACAUCGUUUGAUAUUCUUAAUCUAUCGAUCCAAGGAGCGAAUUAGUGCAUCGCCAAUAAUCGAGCAAGAAAAUCGUCGGCAAUUUCCGUUGUAG